AUGGAGACCUCCCAAUUGCACAGGAAGUUCAUGCCUCUCUCAAAAUCUGCCUUGUAUGAUACCAAAUCAGAGACAGUGCUGCUCGACAGCGCUCCCAACACUCCAAUCCACCAACUACAGAUUCUUCUCCCUCCAAGUCCCUUGCGAACGACUGUUCCGAAGAUGUUAGCAACCACUUCAAAGAUAUCGGGAAUAGCAGGAACAAUAACGUACCAACUCAAUCCCCUUCACACAGCAGAGAUAGCGCCCGCUUAUCAACCUCAAGAUAUGACUUCACUCACAAAAUCACGUCGAAAGGUGCACGCCCGAGGGCGGCUAGAGGAAACAAUGUGUAUUACUAUAGAAAGCUACCUAAAGAGACAAGAUCCUCCGCAUAUUAUGCAUUCCGCCUUGACCUUUGGCAUUCUUGAAAAUAAGAAGCCAUCUAUCGUCCAAACCAAUUCACGAACUGUUUUAUACACAGGAAAACAAGCAUAUUCCAACGAGGAAGAGCGAGAAGAAUCUGGGUACGAUUUCAACGACCCAGAUCAACAGCCACCUGAUAAGUAUUGA